AUGGCACCGGGAGCAAAGAAGGGCAUCUUGGAGCGUCUGGAUGGAGGAGAGAUCGUCAUCGGGGACGGAGGCUUCCUCUUCGCCCUCGAGAAGAGGGGCUACGUCAAGGCGGGGCCGUGGACCCCCGAGGCUGCAGCCGAGCACCCGGAAGCAGUGCGUCAGCUGCACCGGGAGUUCCUGAGAGCCGGAUCCAGUGUCAUGCAGACCUUCACUUUCUAUGCAAGCGACGACAAGCUGGUGAACAGGGGCCACACUCAGAGCUUCACUGGGAAGCAAAUAAACGAGGCCGCGUGUGACCUGGCCAGGGAGGUGGCCGAUGAGGGCGAUGCUCUGGUGGCCGGAGGCGUCUCUCAGACCCCAGCCUACCUCAGCUGCAAGGGCGAGGAUGAGGUCAAGGCCCUCCUCAAGAAACAGACCGACGUCUUUGUCGAGAAAAACGUGGACUUCUUGAUUGCCGAGUUGUUCGAGUAUGUGGAAGAGGCCGAGUGGGCCGUGCAGGUCCUGAAGAGCACCGGGAAGCCCGUGGCUAUAACUAUGGGCAUCGGGCCCGAGGGAGACCUGAGCGGAGUCAGCCCCGGAGACUGUGCCGUCAGACUCGUCAAAGCCGGAGCUCACAUUGUGGGCGUCAACUGCCACUUUGACCCGGAGACCUGCGUGAAGACUGUGAAGAUGAUGAAGGAGGGAGUGGAGAAGGCCGGGCUGAAGGCUCACUACAUGUGCCAGCCGCUGGCUUACCACACUCCUGACUGCAACUGCCAGGGUUUCAGCGAUCUGCCGGAGUUCCCUUUCGGUCUGGAGCCGAGGAUCCUGACCAGAUGGGACGUACAGAAAUACGCCCGGGAAGCCUACAACGCUGGCAUCCGCUACAUCGGGGGCUGCUGUGGCUUCGAGCCCUAUCACAUCCGGGCCCUGGCCGAGGAGCUGGCCACCGAGAGGGGUUUCCUGCCCGCCGGCUCCGAGAAGCACGGCAACUGGGGCGCUGGUCUGGAGAUGCACACGAAGCCUUGGGUCAGAGCCAGGGCCCGUCGUGACUACUGGGAGACGCUGAAGCCCGCGUCCGGCCGCCCCCUCUGCCCUUCGAUGGCCUCGCCCGACGGCUGGGGGGUCACCAAAGGUCACGCUGACCUGAUGCAGCAGAAGGAGGCGACCUCCCAGGAGCAGAUGAAGGCCCUCUUUGACAAGGCCAAUAAAAAAUAG